UUCGCUUGGUUUACACACCUGUACCCGCCGCUUAAUACACUCACAUUUCAGCGGUCGUUGUCUGUCGUCCCCUCCCGCUGCCCUCGCCCUGAAUCCCCGCAUGUGGACUCUGCUAUGACCGCUGUCGCAUGGAGGGAGUACACAUCUUAUAACCGCAAACAUCUAAAAACCGCCGUAGUUCGUGUCCGCGCGGGGUCCAAGUGACGUUAGAAGACACCGUCCGACUGAGGGGAGCGGGGAGCGAGCGACAGCAAAAUGGCAACUCCGUAUGCGACGGACGAUUCCGGUGAGGACGCUGCAUGUGCCGGGAAAUUUAUAGUUUCCACUCAGAGACCUGAUGGAACGUGGAGGAAGCCGAGGCGGGUGAGGGAUGGUUAUGUCCCCCAGGAGGAAGUACCAGUCUACGAAAACAAGUAUGUGAAGUUUUUCAAGGGCAAACCCGACCUGCCGCCUGGUAUGAGCCCGUCCGAGGCGGAUCCCCAGAACCAGCAGAAGAACCCCGGUGGAGCAGACAGCGAUGGAGCCAAUCUCUCAAAGACGGCCAAACGCAACAUGAAGCGCAAGGAAAAACGAAAACAACAGCAGCCGGACGGAGACGUGGACGUGGAGUCGGUGAGCGAUGCUGUGGAGAAUGUUUCCAUUUCAGACGGCGGCAAGUCUUCAAAAAAGGCGGUGGCGCCGGCUUCGGCCUCACCUGCAGAAGAUUCUUCAGCAGCAGAAAAGGCCAAGAAGAUCAAAAACCUGAAGAAGAAGCUGCGUCAGGGCGAGGACCUGCAACAGAAAGUGGACUCGGGGGAAAUAGAGCAACCGACAAAGGAUCAGUUGGAAAAGCUGGCUCGGCUGGAGGCCUUACGCGAGGAGUUAGUGCAGCUCGAGCGUGACUCUUGAAGCAAUAAAGGACAGAAGAGUGCGACUGGACAGACAAACUACACACUGACACACAGGGGAAGGGACCUCUGCAGCUCUGUGAUGAAAGUUUCCAUGUAACAUAUUCUACCUGUUUGAUAUUCACCAUGAACUUUGACAUUAUACAGUUUCAGCUCCCUGCAGAGAGCGACACCCUCCGAACUGACGAGCCUGUUUUCUAGAUUUCAAACCUCAAAACAACAUCGCCACUCCUGCUCGUAUACUUGCAUUGUUACAAGUGCAGUAUUGUGUAACCGAUCAGCUAUAAACAUCUUUUUAAGAAAUCAUUGUAAAUUGUUCUGUGCAUGUCUGUCUUUUACAUGUUGUACCUUUCACAGCAUCAGGUGUCACGUCAACAGAAAAACAGAAAACAAAUCAUUUUUUGAGAGGAUUUCGUUUGUUGACCUUUCUGCUUUAAUAUUAUUGUCGAUGACCGUACAGCCUCAUGUUGUGCCACUAAUGUAAAGUCUAUACAGUCAUUACACUAAUUAAAGUUAAAAGCUGCGUAAAAACCUUUAUCUCUUACUGCAUUUCCGUUUUAGUAUUCCAUGAUUUCUGGGGAUUUGGAAAUUUACAACUGUACCUUGGAUGUCCUGGGAUAUUUUGGAAACAGGUUACACACUUGAGGCUGAUGAUGGAGUUUGUUUUUUGCUCUGACUACAAAUCCCAUGAAAAGACCAAAACCAGCAAUGAUUUGAACCAUUUACAAAUAUUGUCUGUGCAGCCUGAUGAAGAUUGUUGCUCUGCACCACAGAGUGUUAUUAAAACACACCAGUGACCCACUGUUAACAUCACAAUAAGCCUUUAGAAUGAUGAACAGACUCUGAACUGCUCCUGUAAGUUCUCAAUACAGCACCAAAUAUGUAUUCAUCCAUUACUGAGAGAAGUAUUUGUUAGGGACUACUUUGCGUCCAGUGAUUUUAGGAAAAUGCUGAUUCUAUUCAAUUCUGAUCAGUUUUUUUUUAAAUAUUAGAUCAGAAAAAUUCAUUAAAAUUGAAUGGAUAGUAAAAUAGUAGAACAGGUAUUUUCUUGCCCUCAGUGUAGCCUGUCAGGUUCAUUUUUAAAGCGGCACUCCAGCAUAUUAGUCUUGUGUUUUUAUAAAGUUUGGGAACUCGAAAGAAACUGAUAAAAAUAGAACAGUUCAAAUGGAACUAUUCAAUUAGCAGCACAGAGCCUGAGACAUUCUUGUAUUUAGUCUGUUGUGGAGUUUAUACCCGCAACACACUAGAUCCUAUAUUUCCCAUGAAGCAGUUUUCCUGACCUGGUAACAUCAAUUUAAUCUCUACACUGGUUGUAACAAAGAAGUUUCCUUUUAACUAGUACUGUGUCCUUAUUUGAUUCUACUUACUAAUCGUACACAAUGUAUGUUUUACACCUGCAGUCUAGACAUAUGACGUCAACACACUUAAUUGUUUUUUUACAAAGAGUCAUUAAACAUAUAAACUGUGACUUCAGAACUUUGGGGUGUGCUGAUCAAACUUAAAAAAUAAACAGAGUGUUUUUUUUAAA